AUGUUGCCUCUCGAGCUGUGGCGUCCGACUCAGAUCGGGGUGGAGACGAGAAUGAAGGCCUUUCCGAAGUUCGGAUCAUUCUUGGAGAAGCUGCUGAUUACCAAGGAGAGGAGAAUGGCCUGUCACGCGGUGUCAAUCCUAGAAGAGGCGACAACGGCCCCGACUCUCGCCGCCGCUCUAGCCGGAGUAACGAGAGCGGUCGCAACUACCGCCCGUCAAAGAGCCCCCCCGGCGCCCCCCUUAGAGAUCCUGAAAAGCAGAACGGUGGGGGGUGGCCUGGAUUGGCUGCUGGAAAAUGACGCGGGCUGCUCGGCUAUGAUUUUCGGUCGGGAAGAUAGCGGCUUGACCAACGACGAGCUGAGCUUUGCGCAGCGCACGCUCAUGAUACCCAGCAGCCCGGCCUACUCUUCCCUGAACCUCUCUCAUGCUGUGGCCGUCGUCUGCUACGAGCUCUCCCAACAAGCCCGCUCGCAUCGGGCUCCCGAGCGAGUACCACGUGUCCCUGAUGACGUCAGCACGUCGAGCGUUCUCGACGAUGACGUCAGUGAAAGUAGAGCCAGAUCCGCAACCGGACCGCAGCACUUACACGAAGAAAGCGGAAUGUUUACACCAGAUUUUAAGAACGGCCCGGGUUUAGAACCAGAACCAUCGUUAGGGGUCCAAGAUUUAGCAGAUAAAAGCACUUCCACGUUGGCAGGAGAAAGUGGUUUUGCAGAUCCUCCGGAAGCUAGCACAAUAGAAGAACGCGAAAAACUGUAUCGACAAGAAUCGCAGUCAGGUCAAUCGGAGGAGAACGCCUGGGAAGAGAGGGGGGAUUCAGAAGCAGACUUCUUGCAAUCAAGGCAACUAGAACGGGAAGGCCUUGUGGAGUCGCCGGACGGCCUGGGCCGGCCCGGCUGGCGGAAGACCCGGCGGCUGGACAGGGCCCUCAGACGAACGGACGUCGCAGACGGUGCGGACGUCGAAGGCGCACUCAAACAGGCGGAGGAUCUGCUGACCAAGAUGGGCUUCUUGAAGGGCGACACGCGGAACGCGAAAGUGCCGAAGCUCCGCCAGCUGCUGGUGCGGGCGUCCCCAACGAACUCCGAGGUGGCACUUCUUCGAGCCAUAAUCAGGAGGAUGGACUGGCACGUUACGAAAGCUCAGGAGAACGAUCAUCAAUAACGUUUAAGAGCCUUGCACGACAAGAAGUCUGCCGACGGUGAUCAGCAAUUCGUAGGAGAGAAGCGUUGAAGAUGAAAAAUAACCUGUGUCCAACAUGGAGCAUUUGACAGGCUCAGGCUCAACGCGAAAUAGUCUUCGAUGGAAGCUUAUGACGGC